AUGAAUUUCUUCCUCGUUCUCCUCCGUACCCUCCUCCACAAGCCCUCUCGCGCCCUCCAUCUUUCCAACAUAGCCUCCCAAUCCUUCGGUGAAGCAUGGGCCGCCCUCGACGAAGGCGAUCCCUACGCUGGUCCCCUUGCCAACAUUCUCCCCGUUCUCUCCACCGCCUCCGGUACAAUACUCGAAAUCGGUCCUGGCUCAGGCGAACAAGUGCGAUUUCUUACAAAUGAACAUGUAGAGAGGGUGUAUGGAGUAGAACCAUGCGGGGUUUUGCAUGAACUGUUAAAAAAGUCAGUGCGGGAGGCAGGUUUGCAGGGGAAAUAUAGGAUCUUGGGAUGUGGAGCUGGGAGGGAGAGUUUGAAUGAGGAGUUGAAGAAAGUGGGUAUUUUGGUGGCUAGAUGUACGCAGAUUCUGUAUCAAUUGGCUGGCUGGAGCUUUUUCAUGGGUAAUUGCCAUUUGAACCGAAGGACGGAUGACUACUUGAAAGCGGUGGGAGAGAAAUAUGGGGGCUGGGAAAAGGUGGAAUUGAAGACUGUUGGGGGCUUUGCUGUGCUUCCAUUUGUGUCUGGGGAGUUAGUUAAGAGGAGAUAG